UUAUAGAAUAUCUGCAACAUUACUGCCAAUGAUAAUUCUCACGUUGUAUAUGCCAUCUAUCAAAAGGAUAAAUAUAAAAAGAAAAGUGGGGAAGCGGAGAUAAUGAAAGUGCGAGAUGAAAAUAAACAAAUAAGUAUGGAACGCUCAUUUUGCUAAAAAAGAAGAAGUGAAUAUUCGCACAGCUCCAUAGACGUAGUGCACAGUUGACAAAAACCAUGGCCAACAAUCCGUCAACAGAGAGUGACGUCGCUAAGAAAAAGCAUUUCCGUAAAAAAAAUGAUGACCCUUUAGUUCUUCCCAAGAGCGCAGCAGGCAGACAGCGUAUGCAGAUCGAAAAAUUGAUGAGAAAUCCUGAUAAGCCAGUGUACAUCCCAGACGAGAAGAAGGAAUGGACUCCGAGAGCUCCUGCCGAGUUUGUCAGAGAUGUCAUGGGAUCUAGUGCCGGUGCUGGGAGUGGAGAGUUCCAUGUCUACCGUGGAUACCGUCGCCGAGAGAACGCCAGGCAAGCUUACAUCCAGGUUAAAGGAGAAAAGGAUGAAUUGGAUCGUACCUACCACGAGAAGCUUGAAGAAAACCAGAAAUUAGCUGAUAAGAAGACGGCCAAGAAACGUGCCAAGAGGUUAAAACAAAAGCAGAACAUGCUAGCAAAGAAGAAAAAGAAAGAAAAAGCGGCAGAGAAGGCCAAGAGAAAGGGAGAAGGAUGUGAGGAGGGGAGCGAAGAAGAGAGCAAUGAGAGCAGCAGUGAUAGUGACAAGGAAGAUGCACAGGAUAACUGCUUUGUGAUAGGGGGAAAAUGAGAAGAAAGUGAUCCUGUCACCAUAUGCUGUCUGUAAGAUAGACUGAUGAGCAAAAGAUCCUUAUUGAGAUACAACCGACAAUCUAAAGCGUGUGUGGAUACCAUUAUGGGGAAGUCAGAACUAGAUGCAGAGAUGCAGACACUUAAAGGCUGUGUUAUGGAUGCAGAGAUGCAGACACUUAAAGGCUGUGUUAUGGAUGGAGAAGCUAUAGGUUCACUUUGGGAUUGGACCAACAGUGCCGUGAAUGCGUGGAUAGUGGAAAGUGAAGAUACCAAAAUGCUGUCUGAUGGACUUAGAAGCUGUAGGGUGACUCCAGGCAAUGUGUCCCUUAUCACAUUUGUUUUUAUUAUCAAUUUUUUUCAUUCAAAAUCAAAAUAUAUUUGAUUUAAACCAAUGAAUAAUGGCAGUCACACGAAAAGGAACCAAUUGCCAUUGGUCAUUUAAAAAAAAACACUGAUUUCUUUUGAUAAAAUAAAUGGGGAAAAUAAAAUGUCAUUCAGGACAAAUUGAAGAUCAUUUUGAGAUUCUACCAACGAUCUCAUGCUUGU